AUGCCGAAGCGCAAGCUUUCCGAGCUUCACGGUCAAUCAAGACUCGAUACCCGAAAACUGUCAAUCAAAGCCGUGCGACUCACAACCAAGUUCGAGCAAGGCGUACAAAUACUGGCCAAGGGCCUUAAGACAGCGCGUGGAUUCGAGAGACAAAAGUUGAGUCGGCGGGAAAAGACAGCAAAGUCAGAGAACAAUGGCGCGACUCUGCAGCGCCUCGCGGAGGAAGUUGAAGCCUUGAAGGCAAUUGACUAUCCACUCACUGCAGAGCGAUACCUAUUCAAGCAGCUGGUCAAGACGAAACGUGUUGCUGAGACCCCGACAUUCAAAGAAUUUCAAGAAGCGAAGAACGUUAAACUCGAUGGCCCAAAGAGCGCGGCAGAGUCGAAUGUGUACGGUCGACUUUUCAAAUCUACACCCGUGAAGAAUGUCCUGCCCGAUAUAAUUACUGGAAUUCGAAAACUUUUGGGAGUCGACGACCUACCCGCCGGCAAAUCAGAAAAGCGCAGCGAGCCAAAGGUGCCCGUGAAGAAAGAGAAGUCUGCCGCGCCGCCGAAAGAGGACGAUAUAUCAGAGUCAAAAGAUGAAGGGGCGGGAAUAACGAAGUCAACGAAAGCAACGGCAAAGCAUGAUUCAGGCUCAAAUUCCGAGGACGGAGAGGCUCAGUUCGUCUCCGGGGACGAGGAUAUGGAUAGCGAUGACCUCGCACAGUUCGACUCACGUCUUGCCCCCGGCACAGAUGAAGAGGAAGAGGAAGAGGAAGAGGAAGAAUCAGGCUCGGAAAGCGACGAUGAACUCGCGCAUCGACGAAACUUGGCAGAUGACAUCUCCGACUCAGUGUCUCGCUCCCCGUCCCCAGACUUUUCAGGCGAGGACUCCCCACCACCCAAAAAGGCCAAGGGAGACAAGGCUUCCAAAGAUCCAGUACAAAGCACGACUUUCCUUCCCUCCCUGAUGAUGGGCGGCUAUUGGUCAGGCUCCGAAGAAGAGGCUACCGACGACGAAGCGGCCGGUCCGCCCAAGCGAAAGAACCGAAUGGGUCAACAAGCCCGCCGCGCGCUCUGGGAGAAAAAGUACGGCGCAAAGGCGAAUCACAUUCAGGAAGAGCAGAAGAAGCAGCAAUACAGUCGUGAUACCGGUUGGGAUACUCGCAAGGGUGCGACGGGGGCGCCUGGUGGUCGCGGAGGCCCCAGAGGUGGACGUGGUGGUGGCUUUGGAGCAGGACGUCCUUCGUAUCAAGAGUACCAGCAAGGUGGGCCUGGACAAAGUCACACAAAUAAGCCCAGAGGUCCACCUAAGGACACUGGCCCACUUCAUCCGUCAUGGGAGGCCAAGAAGAAGCUCAAGGAACAGGCGUCUACGGUGAAGUUCCAGGGAAAGAAGGUUGUGUUCGAUUAG